AUGGCCAUCGGUAUCUUCACCAAGCCCUCUGCACUCGGCGUCAGCCACAGCACAAUCCCCAACGUGGGUCCCUGCCAGCAAAAUCGUUUUGACGAACUCGUGGUGCGACUAAAGGAUGCCCUUGGUCCAUCAUCGGGCCUGACUUCUGAUGAUGUUGAUGUUGACUUCCUUCAACAACUGAUGGAAGGAUAUGAUGGCUCCGACAACAUGUGGAAGCCCUAUGCCUUCGGUGAUCGCAGUAGGGGAUAUACCCGUAAUCUCGUUGACGAGGGUAAUGGCAAGAGUAAUUUGCUUGUUCUCGUAUGGUCUCCUGGAAAGGGGUCCCCUAUCCACGACCACGGCAACGCCCACUGCCUGAUGAAGAUUCUGAAGGGCAACCUCACCGAGACUCGAUACGCAUUUCCGAACGAAGAUGAACAAGACAAACCAAUGAACAUCAUUGGGGAAAGGACAUAUACAGAAAACUCCGUCGCAUAUAUGGCAGACGAACUAGGUCUGCAUCGUGUAUCCAACAGGGGUAGCGACUUUGCUGUAUCCCUCCACUUGUACACUCCCCCCAACGUAGCUAAAAAAGGAUGCCAUAUCUUUGACGAGAAGACAGGGCGGAAAAGCCAUGUACCAGGUUGUCACUACUACUCGGCUUAUGGGCGGCUGCUGAAGGAGUAG